CAGGGAGGGAGUUCCCGUCUGCCUGCACCUUCUCCUUCUGGCACCUUCCAAGUUCCAGUCAGAAGCUCCGCCCUGAGCGGGGGCCCUGAGAAGGCGCUUGCUUGUGCAGAGUCCCAUCCAGGUGCUGCUAUAUCUGGCGUCAUUUUCGUCGCCUUUUUGCCAAUGUAGCCAAGGCCCUCGAGCUGCUCCGCCUGGAUGUUGGGUGCUCUGCGGUCGGUGCGCUUUGAAAAGGCCUCACGACUUUCAGUAUUUAUGAUGGCAACAAAAGGAGGUUCAUUUGGUUCUGCAAAGGAUCUUGCGAGCGGGGCAGGGGCAAGCCUGGGGUGUGGCACCAUGAAUGGCUCGAGCUUUGCCAGUCCGGAGGGUGCCAUAACCCAGCCACAAGGAUCAGUGCCUGCCCUGCAUCUUGCGCCUAGUCCUGGCGCUGAAGCUGCCCAACACGGUGGCAGCACACGGGGGGCUCUCAGACGGUCCAGCCGCAGAGCGCUCCUGACAACCCCAAAGCCUGACAUGGAGUUGCACUCAGUGGGGGCGCCAGAUGCCCCCACAGCUCAAGUCCCUCUAAGUGCUGCUCCUGCUGAAGAUGGCACCUUGGGCAUGUUGAAUGAAUCUAGGGUUGUGCCAGUGUCUGUUGAUGCGCCAGGAACACCGAUUCGGAGGGCGAGCGCCCGCUCUCGAAAGAGCUCAAAGCAGGUUGCAUCACCCAAGGAAGAAGCCGUAAAGGCCGUGAAGAAGGCCAAGGUGUUGCAGGAUGCGGCGGUGCCGCUGUUGGAUCCUGCAGCUGUGAGGGACGAGAUUGGGGCGCUGGCGGCGCUCCCUGUUCCGCGCAGCCUGCUGGAGGAGGAGGUCAUGCAGGCAGCCAUCGACCACCUGAAAACAGCAGACGCAGGUUUGGCUGCAAUCAUUGAACAGCAUACUCCUCCAAACCCAGCGGCACGUGACACAAUCUCGCCAUUCAAGGCCUUGGUGAAGAGCAUAGUGUACCAGCAGCUCGCUGGCAAGGCGGCGUCCACCAUCCAUGGCCGGCUCGUUGAUCUGCUGGGGGGCGCGGACUGCGUAACCCCUGACCGCAUCUUGGCCAUUGAUGCAGAGCAGCUUCGCACAGUGGGCCUUUCUCGACAAAAGGCCAGUUACGUGCAUGAUCUGUCGAGCCACUUCCAGUCCGGAGCCUUGUCAGACGCGGCGCUGCUGUCCCUCGAUGACGCCCAGCUGAUGCAGAAGCUGACAGCAGUUAAGGGGAUCGGCGAGUGGACGGCGCACAUGUUCAUGAUGUUCACGUUGCACCGGCCGGACGUUCUGCCCACGGGAGACCUGGCGGUGAAGAAGGGCUUUCAAAGGCUUUUUGGCUUGUCUGGGCUCCCAACGCCACAAAAGAUGCAAGAGUUGGCAGAGCCUUGGAGGCCAUAUCGUUCCGUAGGUUCUCUUUACAUGUGGAAGGUACAGGACACAGUCGUUCCGGCAACAGACUAGGGGUCUCUCGCUUCUUGGGAAGUGUGAUUGGCAACUUGAUAGUUGUGAUUCCCUUCGAGCGCUUUCAUGUUUUUGGAGCUUUUUAUCCUGCUUUUAAUGUAAACCUUGCAACUCGCAAAACAUUUGGAAUUUCAAGAUCAAUGCUUCGCGUUUGAAAGAAGUCAACAUAGACGCUCUUAACGGCCAAUCAGCGGCAGUGGUCAGAGUGGUUGUCUCUCUUGUAGGAUCAAACAAUGAAGGUCAAAGGAAUACGAUAAGGGAGAUUGCGAUAGAACGUGACGGCAACUCCUAUGUGAACGUGUGUGCAUUGACAGCAUGUACGCUAAGCACACGAGCCUGCUCCGGCAUCCAGAAC